CCCCCACCCCGCGACUCCCCGUUAAAUAUUUUCAGAAGCUCGCCUUAGUGAAGCGUGGCAUAGGUUUGUUUGUGUUUGUUUUUUUUGGAGAGGAGAAGCCAUGGGGCAAGCGGAGGAGCUGAUCCGAAUAGGCAAAAAGCUGGAUAAGAUGGUGUCCAGGAAGAACAUGGAAGGAGCUCUCGACCUACUGAAGAAACUGAACAGUUGCACAAUGACCAUCCAGCUGCUGCAGACUACAAGAAUCGGCGUGGCUGUCAACACAAUCCGCAAGCACUGCGCUGACGAGGAGGUGGUCACUCUGGCGAAAAUCCUCAUCAAGAACUGGAAGAGGUUGUUGGAGUCGGGGACGGAGAAGAGUAAAAAGGAGAAAGAGAGAGACAAAGGGAUUGAUAGCCCUGGCUGGAAAACCGAAGACACCAUUUCCCACCCUGUGAAUCUCUGCAAAAGUUCUGGUGGAAAGCAAAAAGACCGAGAUCCAAGAAGUGCUUCAGCUACAUCGAAAAAAUCCCACUUGGAACCUAAAAAAGAGAGAAGAGACUCCGAAGACUCGAGAUCUUCUACCUCCACUGCUGCUUCCUCCUCUUCUCCCAAGAGGCUGUCAACGGACAGGAGGGCCUCCACUGGCUCCAACCCAGCUGCAUCUCCUCCCGGGUCUCGGAAAAAUUCUACCGAUAGCAAAGAGGAGAGAUCCCAUAGCAAAGCUAGGCCAGAUGUGCCCAAGACCCCAACCAGCCCCAUCACUCCGACAUUUUCAUCUUCUACCUGCUUCUUGGCAUCGUGCUACCUGACAGGAGACUCCGUCCGGGACAAAUGCAUUGAGAUGGUCUCCGCAGCUCUGAAAAUGGAUGAUGAUUACAAGGAGUUUGGAGUCAAUUGCGACAAGAUGGCAGCUGAAAUUGAAGAUCAUAUCUACCAGGAGCUGAAGGGCACCGAUAUGAAGUAUCGCAACCGUGUGAGGAGUCGCAUUAGCAACCUGAAGGACCCCAAGAAUCCUGGCUUGCGCCGAAACGUGUUGUCCGGAGCCAUUCCGCCCAGCCUCAUUGCCAGGAUGACGGCAAGAUGAAAUGGCCAGCGAUGAACUGAAGGAGCUAAGGAACGCCAUGACCCAAGAAGCCAUCCGAGAGCAUCAGAUGGCGAAGGACGGAGGCACCACAACUGACCUCUUCCAGUGCGGCAAAUGCAAAAAGAAGAACUGCACCUAUAACCAGGUGCAAACACGGAGUGCUGCAGAGCCAAUGACGACCUUUGUGCUGGUAACGAGUGCGGGAACCGCUGGAAGUUCUGCUGAUGUUCCUUGAGCCAGCCAGUGAUGGGAAGAUUAUGUCCUGUCGCAGUCGUUCAGGAGAAACUUCAGAAACUGUCCAUUGAAGAAAUAACAGCAGGAAAGUGGAGGGGUGCCCCUCAAAGGUGGAAUGCUGGAUCCUAGGGAUGAAAUACUUAAAAGGAAUGGUGAUGGUCUGUUGUUAAUUCAAGUGAUGGAAUGAUGCCACUAUUAGGAAGGCUGUGUUCUGCGAAACAUACUGGGCCAGUGCAGAAUUUUGCUUGAGUGUGGAAUUCCACCUCUGAGACUCCACAUUUUCGUUUUU